GAAUGUAAAAAAAUUAGUGAGUGUUUGGCAAGGUCGUCAGUUGUUAUGGUUACAUGCGCAAGUACACUACAAAUCAAAAUAAUUUCAGUAUCUACCAUACAAAUGUACAAUAUUGGUUACUUGCUACUUGCACGCCAACUUUUCAAUUUUUCAUAUUAUUAUUAAAACGAAUUCAAAUUUAGUCAGGGGAUUAAAUUAUAUCAAGGUAGUAUCGAAAUGGAGGAUGGCGGUUGGAGCGGAAGGGAAAUCAAAAGCGAUAUGGUAAAUGAAUUGCUUAACAAAAUAUGGGAUGUGCCCCAAGCACUCUAAGAAGCAUAAGUGGUAACGAAGAAAUGGGUUCUAGAGAAGCCAGCAUUGAAGCAUAUCAAAAAGUAGAGCGUGACAUCAUCAGAGAAGAACAAGCUGCACCGGCUCCAUCUUUGGGCCACGAAAUGGCAAAACUGGAUCGAUUUAUAGCUGAUAUGGAAAAUCUUAUGAAUCAACUCAGUCAAGAACGGAUCGCAGAUGUUGAACUAACAUCUAAUGAUCAAUUUUCCAAGAAAUAUUUCAACCCUAGGAUUGUAGAUGCAAGUGAUAAUGCAAUUCGAACUGUCAUGAUAGAGUUACGAGUAAAUUUGAAUCAAAUACUUGCGAUUGAACACGAGGAAUUUAUAGCAAAUCUUAAUAGAAAAUCUUUAAAACUUCACCAUUUAAAUUGGUUAAGUCAAAUGAGAGCUAGAAGUGAGGAAGAAAUAUCAAAAUUUAGUGAAAGAGUACAACAUUUACAAAAACUUUAUGAAAGUCAAGAACUAAUAAUAAGAAACUUGGUAGGGAGUAAAUCAUCAAAUACUGGGCAAUUGGAACGGGAAUUGGACAGAGUCCGAAGUUACCGAGAUACGUUAGUUAGUGGUGAAUUAUCAUGGAAAGAUGCUACAUUAUUCGCCCAAGACUCAGCUGACUACAGUCGUAUGGCAUAUAACAGUUGGCAAUCGUUGGAAACUGAAGAAGACGAAUCAAUAAGAUUUCGCCAAGCAUUAAAAACUAGGGACUCGAUCCACCAAGCUGCUUUAUGCGUUCGAAUGGCACAGACCAUGUUGCCUGGUGUUCAAUUCCCAUAUUGUACUUCAAGAGAAGUAUUUGCUAUUCUUCAAGUAAUCGAAUACUUAUUUACUGAUUUACAAGUCUCUGAACGAUUUGGGCAUGCUCUUGAAGUUUAUAAAAGUUUUAACAAAAGAGCAACAGCAUUAACUCAAUGGCUGAAACAGACUACAGAUGAAACUAUACAUAAAGACGUCGAAGAAGUCGAUGAACGUAUCAAUGAUUUAGCCAACAAAUUGAGUCAAGAAAGAACCAUGAAUAGGACAGAGUUUAGUGAGACCUAUCCAAAACGGUACAAUAUACUAGAAUCUGGGGAACGGAUUACCACUGAUUGGCUAGAAAAUACCAAAGGACCUAAAAAAGAGUAUCUUAAGCUUAAUUCAAGAUAUCAUAUAUGA